AUGAGGACACUUUGUCCCAAUUUUGACAGAGAAGAUGGCCUCGAAACUGUCCUUGAGGUCCCUAUACCAGAAGAAAUGUUCGCAAGCUUGGGCAGCAGUGUGGCCUUGCGUUGGGCGAACAUGUCCACUUGGAUGAAGGCUCAAACCUCCGAUAAAUGGUCAUCCCCGGUCAUCGCCGGCCGUUACAAUGAGCUCAGUUUUCUCCUCUUCGUUGUCGGAUCACCUCUCAUACCUCUUCAGGUCCAAGUCGACCAGUCCAUAAACCGCCCUAUAAAACAUUCUUCCAUUGAAGCAUCGACGGCUAAAUAUAUUGUGCAGCAAUAUAUAGCAGCAUCGGGAGGGCAGGCGGUGUUGAGCUCGGUGCAUAGCAUGUGUGCAAUAGGGCAGGUGAAGAUUAGUGCAUCAUAUUUUCAUCAAGGGAAUGAAAGUGUGAAGGUUAAGAGUAGUCAUGAUGAGGAGGCUGGAGGGUUUGUUUUGUGGCAAAAGAAUCCAGACCUCUGGUAUCUUGAGCUGCUUGUUUCUGGUUGCAAAGUCAUCUCAGGAAGCAAUGGCAAGAUUUCCUGGAGGCAAUCCUCUAACCAACAAACACCUAUCUCUAAGGGCCCACCCAGACCAUUGCGCCGAUUCUUGCAGGGUUUGGACCCUAGGUCAACAGCCAACUUGUUUGCAGACGCAUUAUGCAUAGGAGAGAAGGUGAUAAACAAUGAGGACUGUUUCAUACUGAAGCUCGACACAAGCCAAUCAACUCUGGAGGCACAAAGUGGCCCCAAGUAUGAAAUCAUCCACCACACCAUAUGGGGCUACUUCAGCCAAAGGUCUGGCCUCCUGGUCAAGUUCGAGGACUCGAGGCUGCUCACCGUGAAGACCAAUAAUGGAAAGAACGACGACGAAGGAGUGUUCUGGGAGACGAGCACGGAGUCAGUGAUCGAGGACUAUAGGUACGUGGACGGUGUCAAUGUUGCACAUAGUGGCAAGACAUUUGUUACGGUGUUCAGAUAUGGGGAGGAAUCAGCUAACCACAAGAGGGAGCUGCAAGAGAAGUGGAGGAUUGAAGAGGUGGAUUUCAACAUUUGGGGUUUGUCAAAAGAUUUCUUUCUGCCUCCUUCAGACGUAAGAGACCAAAGAGUUAAUCUGUUUGUUUGACAAGAAAUGUAAAUAUAUACAAGCAAAUUGAAGAGCUAGCAUGAAUUGUUUGUUUUUAAGGAUACUUUAAAAAAAAUUAAUCUUAAACAACAUUUUUGAGCAGUGUAACUCUAUUUUCCAUUGUGCUUUG